GACAAUUGAACCUUUGUCCAAAUUUUUAAGAGACGUUUCAUUUUGGAUUUAAGCUAUUUAAAAGAUAUUUAACCACAUAAACCAGCUGUUAGUGUGAAAGUGACGGUACUUCUCUUCUUCGUGUCGACAUAAACGGACAGAAUCAGGAAGUCCGGGGAUUUCUCGAAACACAAAAAGUUGAAUGGACAGUGGAUGCGCCGCCUUUUAACGCCAAAUGAUGAAGAGACACAUUUGUUAACGCGUAGUUUGUUUACCCUCAUAGUUUUUUUUUUUCAUUGUUGCUAUUUUAAUAAGUUAUCUUUGUUACCCGGAACACCUGGAUUGUCACUUUGCGGGUCAGAGGGAUGGAUGUUCCUCACCUCACUGAAGAUGAAAUGGCAGAGAUUAAAAAAGACGUGCUGACCAGACUGCGGCACUACCUCUGCGACAAGAUCAGAGCAGAACGCCACCUCGACUACCUGCGCUCUCGCAGGAUCCUGACACGAGACGACGCAGAAGACAUUGGCUGCAGGACCACACAGACCAAGAGGACGGCCACGUUAUUGGACAUACUGGCUGAGAACCCCCGGGGCCUGGAUUCCUUGAUUGACUCCAUAAGAGAGUUGCGCACACAGAAUUUCAUCAUCACCAAAAUCACAGAUGAGGUGCAAAAGGUCAAAAACGAGAAGAUCGAGGCUCUCAGAGCGGCUUCAAGUUCCUCCUCUGACAGCAGCCUCAACACUCCGAGCACGACCAGCGACUUCCCCACAACGUUUUCAAGCAACUCCACCCUGCUCUUCCACCCAGACGGAGAGCGAAGCCCCUCCACGUCAGACAUAGCAGGCUCGCUCAAUCUGCCGUCAUUACAGAAAUGUGGAGACUUGCCCUCUGUGGCAGGCACUAGCAUCGGCAUCGCCUCCUCCACAACCUCCUCCAGCCUCCCGAGGCCCGGAGACCCAGGCGCUCCUCCGCUGCCUGACGAGGUUAUGGUCGAAUCCCCCUCCAACAUAGAUGCUGCAGCGCCAGGGUGCACCAGUGGCGGAGGGGACCCAAACUUCCAGCCCCUGCGGUCACGCUCUCUCACUCCAACGUCACAUAGGAGCAUCUUUUAAUUUGAAAUCUCAAGAGGACAAAUCAUACAGUUUAAGGGACCAAGCAUCAGAAUGCUCAAACAAACCCUCAUUGUUGUCUCGUGCUCUUUCUGGGGUUGCACUUGUCUUUGAUCAGGCAGAAAUUGCUGUUCAUGGGAUAUUCCACUGUUUUACCACUAUUUUUUUUAUCAGCUUUUUAUGAUAGAAAAGAGGAAGAAUUUAUCACUCAGGCCAACCUGGUCUCAUCAACUCACAGAUCGCCAAAUACAGACACUUGGUCAGUGGCCCUUGGUGUCAGACACCAGUGCAACGCGGAUCCUUGAAAAGUCCUAAAAGGCAUUGAAUUUAUUCAUCAAAAAAAUUAAUUGGUGUCAGGAUGUCUUAAACCAAUCUUUUAAAAGUCUUAAAAAUGCUCAGACAUGGAAAAUAGGAUUUAAUAAAAUGUUGUCUUUCUGACUUUGCUAUUUAAAAUCUCAAAAUAAUUGAUAAUUUCAAAAUAAAAAUUGAAAAAAAACCCUCACUGAAUGCCUCUUACAUUUAUGUUACCAAAAAGUCAUAUUUUAUGUAGCAAUAAAUAUUUAGGAAAUAUUCAUCUAUAUUUUUUUUCUUCAGUUUUGGCUAUUUAUUUGUAAAAUUGGUGUGAAUUUUAAUUGCCUACAUUUAUCUCGGAAUUUUUUUUUUUUUUUUUUAAAGGUUUUAAAGACCAAAUCCAGUGUUUCCUUCCCUCCCAUUCCUUUAUUCAUAUGUCCGCUCCCUUCUUCCUUCCUCCCUUUCUUCCCUGUUUUGUAGUAACUUAGAUGUUUAGGGGAAAUAUAUAUUGUAGUAAAAGUAUAAAUGUUAUUUAGGAAAUGCAGUUAAAAUUGACAGAAAUAUAAAAACUCAAGUAAAGUACAGAUACUCCCAAAAACACUUCUAGUGAUGUAUGUGAUGUUACAUUGUAGGUUUUUACCAAAUGUACUUAUUUUAAGCCAAACAUAGUCAUAUAUUUUAAACAUAAGCAUGUGCCUUUGUUGCCUAAACCUAAGCAAGUAAACCUAAAAACCCGUGUACCAAGUUUAUUCUGAGAAGAGACUGUAGGGUUUUAAGCAGCGGAGACUGUACAUUUCCUGUGAAAACUGGAGUUUAUUUUGAAAAGCCACAAUACAUGCAAUGAAUUAAAAUUGAAACACCAUCCCUGAACUCUAAAACUGAUGCUGGAAGGGUACCAAGAGCAUCAUAGUUUAACAUGGAGGGCCACUGAUCAAGCAUCCAAAUGUUUUUGAGUCGGAAAGGAGAAUGUUGGUUUGGAGUGUUGUUUGGACAUUUUUUUACACUGGUCCCAAUGUGUUACAUUGGUUUUGAUAUAAGGCUAAAAUAAUACCAUAAUUUAAAGAAUAUAUACAUAUUUCUACACAACCCCCCUUUUUAAUUAAACAACAUAAGCCACAAUUGUCAAAUGUUAAACUUUAUUUGAAUAUAAGCACUAGUACAACCACUUAACAUAGAUAAAAUACAGUUUAAAUUGGCAAAAUUAUGAUUUAAAUUCUGAAACUGUGUUAUCAAUAAAUAGGUAAGCACUCUGUAUCUAUUUCCUUACUCACCCACAGAAGUAUUGGGGUUGAAUUUCUAUGAUAAACUCAGAAAAUCUGACUCACCCCUUGUUAACUUUCCCCCCUCCUCUUCUUUUACCAAAGGUGUGAUUUCCUGUUUAGUGUGAAAACACAGAAGCCACAGUUUAGGUGCACUGAGAAGAUUUUAUACACUGGAAUGACUGCUUGAGUAUUAUGUGAGUGAUGAGCCAGUCGGUUUCAUUAGACGCUGCCUUUGAUCAGAGCGGUGUGGAGAAUUUCCAGUUAACUCUGUUUCGACUCAGCAUUAAGACAUAAUAGAAGUUGCUUUACAUUUUUGUCACUACAUAAGUCUUGAAUCACAAAACAUUUUGCGAAAUAACAAAGUAUGUCCCGCUUAUUCCUUAAUUCUUUGGACAUAUUCAGUAAUCGAUUGCAAACUAAAGGUUUUAUGUAUAAUUUCAACAUGUCUCCUUUUGUCAUUGGUGACUGUGUGGUGGUUUAGAAAAACAAAGGGUUAAUCUAAAAUUACUGCCCAAUAAAAUGUUUAAAUUAAUAUUUUAAAAGAAA